AUUGAUUGAUUCCCCAUCCCCCGGCCCUAUCCCAUCCCAUUCCCGCCUCCCAUUCCCAAAUAUCUCCCCGACUCCCUCGCCAUGGGCAGCGCCGCCGCCUCGCCGCCGCCGUCCGGGAAGCUGUCGCAGGACGAGCUCAAGCGCGUGGCAGCGCACCGCGCGGUGGAGUUCGUGGAGCCCGGCAUGACGCUGGGCCUCGGCACGGGUUCCACCGCGGCGCACGCGCUGGACCACCUGGGUGACCUCCUCCGCGCGGGCGCGCUGCCGGGGGUCGCCGGCGUGCCCACCUCCCUCAAGACGGAGCUCCACGCGGCCCGCGUCGGGAUCCCGCUACUCCCGCUCGACGCGGCCUCGGGCGCCCGGAUCCGCCUCUCCAUCGACGGCGCCGACGAGGUCGACCCGGACCUCAACCUCGUCAAGGGCCGCGGCGGGUCGCUGCUGCGGGAGAAGAUGAUCGAGGGCGCCGGGGAGCGGUUCGUCGUCAUCGUCGACGAGUCCAAGCUCGUGCCCAGGCUCGGGUGCACGGGCGCCGUCCCCGUCGAGGUCAUCCCCUUCGGCGCGCCCCACACGCUGGGCCUCAUCUGCAAGGUGUUCGACGGAUUGCCGGGCUUCCACGCCAGGCUCAGGACGGUCGUGGACGCCGACCUGGGUUCGGCGCCGUUCGUCACCGACAACGGCAACUACAUCGUCGAGAUGUUCUUCGAGGAUGGCAUACGCGGCGACCUGCAAGACAUCAGCGACCGCCUCCUCCGGAUCACCGGCGUCGUCGAGCACGGCAUGUUCCUCGGCAUGGCCACCACCGUCAUCGUCGCCAACAAGGACGGCACCGUCACCGCCCUCCACAGGAAGAGUAAGCUUAUUUAACCAGUCUCCCGGCCGGCACCGGAGACGAUCAUCGUGCGGCCAGCCAUGAUCUCUCAUUCCAGCAGCCAAGAACAAGGAAAGGAAAAAAAAAAGCAGUCAAAUUUCUUGGCUCGCCGUCGCCGCGCUUUUGACCUUUACGUUGCGCGAUUAUCUUAUCAGCUGUCCCUGUCUGUGUAUCUGGUGAUGCGGGGAACAUGGACCAGUGCUUUGUGUUCAUCCAUCCAUAAUCCAUUGGGCAAUUUGAGC